GGAGGACUGCAGCUCUCACACACAGACACUCGUCAGAGAAGCUUUCAACCAUGUAACCAAGGCACAGAACAGAGGUCCCAGGUGAGUCCUCCCUCCUUUGGCUGUGGUCCAAUCAGGAAGAACGGGUUGCUGUAAUGAUGCUUCCUCAGAGGAGUUCUGUCACCACUUUGGGCUAUGGGUCGGACUGUGUAAAGAUUGAGCCCAGCAGCGGUGGCUCAGUGGGGGGGACGAUGCUGAGGGGCUCUCGGUCUAAAGCAGAGCUUCAGGAACUAAUGGAGACCCUGCAGCGCAGAAAGAGUUCUCUGGAGGCCAGCCUGAGGGCGGCAGAGUGCAGCCGCAAGUACCUCGGCGCUGGAAGCCAGACCGCCAGGCCGCUGUCGGUCCUCAGCAGCUCAGAAAGGCCCCCGUCUGCCUCCAGAAACUUUUCGUACAUCAGCAGCAGCAGCGUGCCCCCGUCCCCCCGUCAGGGUGAUCGUCAGAUCCGCUCCAACGGCUUUUCCUGUCAUUCCUACUCCCGUCACCAGUCACAGGACAGUCUGCUGCUCGUUAACGCUGCAGAUGGAAGCGCCCUUCUCCCCUCGUAUGGGGAGGCAGUACCUCGAUCCCCCAGGGUCAAAAGUGGGGCAGCCAGCAUGCCAUCCAGCCCUCGACUGGGACGCAGGAUUUACUCUCAGGGCAAAGCAGGAGGAGACUCCAGGCAGAGGAAAUACUCCACCGGGUCCCUCAACAACCUGGGGAAGCACAGCCGCUCUUUGCCGAGACUUCACAACGCAGCAGACCCCCUCGCUCUGUCGCUGCCUUCUCGACAGUCAGUGGGAUCUCACAGGGGGAUGGUCUCAGCGGGACAGAGGCGCAGUCUUUCCUCCCUGGAUCAGCCCCCAGAUGUGACGGUACCAGCUAGCAUGCCUGGCACAUCCAGGAGGUCCAGUCUGGCUUCUCUGAGCUCUCUGGGUGUAGAGAUGGAUAGGACGGGCCUAGAUCUGGGCUUAGGGGAAAGAAGAAUGUCUUUUGGGAAGAGUGGGUUGAGUCCAGGGCAGAGAGUGGGCAGCAUCAGUUCUUUGAAUGGUAAAGAAGAGCUGAGAGACUACCACCAGCACCAGAGAGACGAGAGGCUCCGUGAGCAGAAGGUUCAGAGACUGGAGUCUCAGCGCCUAGAGACCAUCUUGAACUUGUGCACUGAGAUGGGACAGGUGGAGAGAGAGCCAACGGGCUCAGCCGUUUCCGAUCUGCAGAAGAUCAACAGGCAGCUGGAGAAGCUGCAAGUGUCUGACGAUGAGUCUGUGUUCUCUGACUCCCCCAGCAGCACUGCUCCAGACAGCUGUUUCAGAGCCAAGGCCAGAGACUUCCUGCUUUCAGAGGAGGCGCCCACCGCCCAGCGUCAGCAGAGCAGCUACAGAGAGAUCAGGUCCCACUCACCUGCUAUCAGCCUGAACAGCAGUGCCCCCUCCCCUUCUAUGCUUCACCGAGCCAAAGCCUUGGAGAGCGUGCAGCUGAAACAAGAGGUGACUCACAUCGAAGAAGAAAGAAUUCAGGUUCUGAACAACAUCGAGGAGCUGGAGCAGAAGAUCAAAGACUUGGACAACCAGAUGGAGGAGUCCCUGCGCGAGAUGGAGGUGGAGUGUGCUCUGCUGGACGGAGAGCAGGACUCUGAGGUGGCCCAGCUGCAGAGGGACAAGGAGCUCCUGGAGGAACUCAAGGGAAAACUGCACAAGAUUGAGAAAACAAGCAACCCAGAGUCUGGGCAGCCAACAGCCACACACAUCUGACUGAAGACAGGCAGAGACAAGGUGAAUUCGCCAGCAGGAUGGCCUCAGAACCCAACGUGUUCCUGGACUCCUUCUCGUUCCCUGACAGCAGCCUGACGUCGGACACCGUCAGCAUGGAGAGCUCCGACAGCUUGGAGACCAGCUUCUCCGCCUGCUCCCCGGACAACAUCUCCAGCGCCAGCACUUCAAACAUGGCAAAGAUUGAGGAGAUGGAGCGUUUGCUCCGAGAGGCCCAGGCUGAGAAGCAGAGACUCCUGGAGCAUCGGGAGCGGGAGAUGGAGAUGCGUCGGCAGGCUCUGGAGGAGGAGCGGAGGAGGAGAGAGGAGCUGGAGAAGCGCCUUCAGGAGGAGACGAGCAGGAGGCAGAGACUUGUGGAAAGGGAGGUGAAGCUCAGGGAGAAACAGAGAUCACAGUCCCGGCUGCUGAGUCGCUACCUUCCUGUAAGAAAAGACGACUUCGACCUCCACGGCCACAUCGAGGCAGCUGGACACAGCCCGGACGCCUGCUUUCAUCUGGCCAUCACCGAUAAAACCUGCCGAGGGUUCCUGGUCAAAAUGGGAGGGAAGAUCAAGACGUGGAAAAAACGUUGGUUUGUCUUUGACCAGAACCGCAGGACACUGACGUAUUACGCAGACAAACAUGAGACCAAGAUGAAAGGAGUCAUUUACUUCCAAGCCAUAGAGGAAGUGUACUACGACCAUCUGAAGAAUGCGCACAAAAGCCCCAAUCCUUCUCUGACCUUCAGCGUAAAGACCCACGACCGGGUGUACUACAUGGUGGCUCCGGCUCCUGAGGCCAUGCGUAUCUGGAUGGACGUUAUCGUAACCGGCGCCGAGGGGCACAUGCAUUUCAUGGUGUAA